AUGCGCCAUGUCCAACGACAACAGAUCUGCAUCGGCAACGCCGCGUUCUGUGAUCGCCGAUAUAGCAACGUCUCCUUGAUUGGCACUCACAAUUCGGCGUUCGUCGGCAAUUUCCUCGAUCCAAGGAUGAAUCAAGAGAAGACAGUCACUGAGCAAUUGGACGCUGGAAUCCGGUUCAUACAAGCUCAAACCCAUAUGGGCAAUCCCCGUGUCUUGCAGUUGAAUAAGGAUGGUGGCAAUGACAACAAGACGCAGAAGCGAGACGACGCCGACGAGCUCUCGAUGUGCCACACCAACUGCGAAUUGCUCUACGCAGGAAAUCAAGACCUCCGCCCCAUGUCCGAAUUCGACUCCAUAUUGAAAUCCACCGGCCUCCACUCCCUCGCCUACAUCCCACCAACAUCUCCCUCCCAAAUCCCCAUGAACCAAUGGCCAACCUACGGAAACCUAAUCUCCGAUAACAAACGCCUCAUCAUCUCCAUGGACAGCAUGACCGACGAUUCCAAAGUCCCCUAUAUCCUCUCGGAAUUUAUACAUUUCUUCGAAACCCCUUACGGCAACAAAGAUCCCAAAUUCGCACAAGCCACGAUCCCACAUCCCGAGCAGAAUCUCCAGACGAAUGCUGCUACGGGAGAGGGGAGUAUUGGGGCGCAGGCGGAUUUGUGUAUGCAGGAAUGGGAUCGUCCGCCGAAUGUGGUUUUGGUUGAUAUGUUUGAUCGGGGCGAUGUUUUCACGGCGCAGAAGAAUCUUAAUGAGUGA